AUGCAGGCAAACCCUCCGCAUCUGGACCACAUCGAGGACCUGUCCCAGCUGCGGUACGUGAACGAGUCGUCGGUGCUGCACGUGAUCCGGCAGCGGUAUGGUAGCAGCCUCGUGCACACCUACGCCGGCGGCAACUCGCUUCUCGUCGUCAACCCCAUGACCCUCUUGUCUGUCUACUCUGAAAAGGUGGCGCAAUUAUUUAAAGGAUGCCGGGCAGAGGACAUGCCGCCACACAUUUACGCGGUGGCGCAGCGGGCCCAUGGCGCCAUGUUGAGCAGCAGGCGGGACCAAAGCGUGGUGCUCAUGGGACGCAGUGGCAGUGGCAAGACCACCAAUGCUCAGCAUGUGCUCAACUACCUGCUGCUGACCGCCGGUCAACAUUCCAAGUCAAUCACUGGUAAUGAAUGA